UUUGUUUUUCCCUUGGCGAGAUAUGUUCUUUUUCCUAAAACUCACAUUUACACUGGGUUUUGCCAUCAUGAACAGUAACUAAGGACGACAACGACGAGCGACUUUCCGUUUCUUCUUUCUACAGAACGCUUCGCUUCUCUGCUCCGUCGGAUAACUGUUAAGGCUGGCGUGCCUUGGUCAUUGUGAAAGGCCGGCAUGUCAGAUAAUCAUCCUCCUUCGGACGGCCCUUCCGGCCAAGGCUGGGGUCCGGGUACAGAAACGAGUCAGCACAUUAUUGUGAUACUGGGGAUUACCGUUCCCGCGGUAUUUUUCACACUUCUUCUAUGCUUUUUCUUCACGAGAUAUGCCGUCCGCAAAAGACGGGCGCAUGCAAUGAGCUUCAUACAGUCUAUGAGCGAUCGUAUGGAUGAACGUCUGGGCGGGACGAUGGUACAAGCGGAUCGAUCUGCGCUGAGGCCUGGAGGAUUUACAGUCGCUGGUACGAUUGGAUAUAAUGGACGAAGGCGGCAGAAUUCAGUGACGGGCCCGCCCAUGCUGGAGAAUGAUUGGGAUCUAGAGUCUCAAGAAGCUGGAGUCCAUGCGCAGAGCGAUGAGACAGAGGAGGAAGGGGAAGAGAGCGACGUCGAGCACGAGAAUUUACCGAAAUACGAACCUGACCGCCGGUCCAGUCAUCCAUUGGCGCCUCUUGACGUCCCUGCAGCACCGUCUCCAGCGCGGCGAGUCAGCAGCCCACCGCCGGCAUAUCAUCCAUAGGGCGGCUGCUCUGAGAGCGAUAUAUAUAUAAUAUUCUUUUGUACAAAUAAUGUUUUUGCUGUUAUCCUGCGGCUUAGAUAGUGCCCGAAUUUUUGAUACAGGUGGUUUGAUAUUUGAUAUUUGACGAUGCUGCAGUAUUGGGGAUGGAUAUGUUGCAAAUACGAUUUUUUUUUCUCUUUUCACUGUCAGUUCUAGUUUGUAUGUAGAUUGUAGAUGCCAUGAAAGCUUGCUCUACGGUCACAUGAUCCAUGGACUGGGAUGGUG